CAACAGCAACGUUUGUACCGUGUGAAGCUAGCUAGCUAGUUGGCUAUGAAAAGCUAACGUAAUGGAGCAAACGAAUAAUGGUUUUUAGAAUGUUUUAAGAAAGCACACAGGCUAAAUGUUAAGACGUGAAAUUCAGCAUUUAACAUACCGGUAGAAGUUAUGUAUUCAUAUAUUGUGGGAUGAGGGUAAAUUGUCUAGUUAACGCGAACGUUAGUAAUGCGUCACUAGCUAGCUAGGCACGUCCGUUUACAAACGUGUCUGGCCAGCUGUUCGACUUUGAUAGCUAGCUAUGUACUAAAAUUAUACGAUGUGUGAAAUCGCUUAAGUUACGUUACUAACUUGGGUUCCUUUCUUUGCUAACAAGAUUGUAUGCCAGCCAUGGCCAAUCCUGACUUAACUAACGCGUUAGCUAACUACUACUGUAGCUAGUAGGUACCGUUAACUUUGCUUCUUCUCUGCUGGUUUCAUCCACCAAACAGCCGAAAGAAAUGGGAGCCCCUUAAACGCGCCAGGAGCAAGAAGGAGAUAGAGUGGAAAUGAUGAUGGUGUUGCCUGUGUGGGGCCUCACACUCCCUCUUCCCGCUGUACUGAUGAUUGUUGUUGGUUUUUACAUGAUUUUCCUUGCAAUGGCGUUAUGGUUCCGCCAAUGCCUCAAGGAACAGUGUUCUCCUGAGUGUGGUGACUGCUGUCCAAAUAUCGCCCCAUUCGAGUACUGUUUAGCAUGUGCAGAGUCGUGCAACUGUCGCAUGCCAUCACUGCGCUCGUGCCUUGACCAGACCUGCCCCUCAACCUGCCCCUCUCUUCCUAAUUGUAACAUGUGGGACUGUGCUUGCACCUGCCAACCCCCAGAAUGUGAGUCCUUCAACUGCCUCUGCUUCGAGAUCAAGUUCAGAUAGAGGGAGAAACGGAGGAGUGGUAGGAACAAUGAUGAAUCCUAACUCAAGACGCACAGCAUGUUUGCAUAUUCACACAUUGAUGUUAAUGGACAGUUUGUGCAAGAGGAAGGAGUUAUCCAUUCAUCCCUAGAGAAAUGGAAAGGGAAGACGGGGGGUGGGUUACUGUGUUUAUGUACCAAUAUGAAAAUACAAUCUGAAUCCUUGUAACACACAGCCUUAAAGUGAAAGGCUAUAACCAGUUUAUGGAUAGUUGUGCCAUAUGUGUCCAAGGGAGAGCAACAUUAUCAGAGUGCUAUUACAAUAUAGGGCAUCUACUUUCAUUACAGCACAAGUACAAUUCUGUGCCUCUGCAGCAAUCCAAUACACUCAUUGUACAAAACAUUAAGCUCACCUGCCUAAUAUCGAGUUGCACCCCCCUCCUCCCCUUUUGCCCUCAGAAAAACCUAAAUUCGUCAGGGCAUGGUCUCUAUAUGGUGUCAAAAUCGUUUCACAGGGAUGCUGGCCCAUGUUGACUCCAAUGCUUCCCACAGAUUGUGUCAAGUUGGCUGGAUGUCCUUUGGGUGGUGAACCAUUCUUGAUACACA